AUGCCCGCAUCUACCGAGGCGGAUACGAUUCGUAUCCUGGUGGCUACGGACAAUCACGUCGGGUUCGAAGAGCGAGAUGCUAUUCGAAAAGAUGACAGCUGGCGGACCUUCGACGAGAUUAUGACGUUGGCCCGCACCGAAGAUGUACAGAGGCUCCCUAACCACCUCUACCCAGCGCUUGCUAACUUGUCGCAGGUGGACAUGGUUCUUUUGGCCGGUGACCUGUUUCACGACAAUAAACCGUCGCGAAAGUCGCUAUACCAGGUCAUGCGAACACUUCGACAGAACUGCCUCGGCAUGAAGCCGUGCCCGCUCGAAUUCCUCUCCGACGCCGCGACCGUUUUCGAAGGCGCAUUCCCCCACGUCAACUACGAAGACCCCGACAUCAACAUUUCCAUACCCGUCUUUUCCAUUCACGGCAACCACGACGACCCGUCCGGGGACGGCAACCUCUGCUCGCUCGAUCUACUGCAAGCCUGUGGACUUCUCAACUACUACGGCCGAGUGGCGGAGGCCGACAACAUCGAGGCGCGACCGAUCCUGUUGCAAAAGGGCGAGACCAAGCUGGCGCUCUUUGGCUUGAGCAACGUGCGCGACGAGCGAAUGUUUCGGACAUUUCGAGACCACAAAGUCAAGUGGUUCAAGCCCAGUGCCGAGACCGGAGACUGGUUCAACCUCCUAGCGGUGCAUCAAAACCACCACGCGCACACGGCGACUUCGUAUCUGCCGGAGAAUGUGCUGCCAGACUGGAUGAACCUCGUUGUAUGGGGUCAUGAGCACGAAUGCUUGAUUGACCCGACACGGAACCCUGAAACUGGCUUCCACGUCAUGCAGCCUGGCUCGUCAGUGGCAACAUCAUUAGUGCCUGGUGAGGCCGUUCAAAAACACGUGGCGAUCGUCAGCGUCACUGGGAAGGAAUUCAAGAUGGACAAGAUUCCGCUAAAAACAGUCCGACCGUUCGUCACGAGAGAAAUUAUUUUGAACCAGGAUAAGCGUUUCAAGGGCUUAGAUAAAAAGAAGGACAACCGACAAGAGGUUACGCGAAGACUAAUGGACGUCGUGGAGAAAAUGAUCGAAGAGGCAAACACAGAGUGGGAGGCCAUCCAAACAGACCAAGAAGCUCUGGAAGAGCCACCACUGCCGCUUAUUCGUCUCAAGGUCGAAUAUACAGCGCCAGAAGGCGGCGUGUUCGAGUGCGAGAACCCGCAGAGAUUCUCCAACAGGUUUGUCGGCAAGGUGGCGAAUACCAAUGAUGUGGUGUACUUUUAUCGUAAGAAGACGGUUCAGCGAAAGGCCACGGCCGCCGCGCCUGCCGAAAUCUCGGAAGACCUGGAAGACGCCGGUGACAUGGUCAAGGUGGACUCGCUGGUCCAGGAUUUCCUUUCUGCACAGUCACUCAAGGUUCUCCCGCAAGCGCCCUUUGGCGAGGCCGUCAACCAAUUCGUCGCCAAGGAUGACAAGCAUGCCAUGGAGCUAUUUGUUUCCGAACAUCUAACAGGCCAGGUGAAGCAGAUGCUUGGACUAGAGUCCGACGAUGAGGACCUGAACGCCGCCAUGGAGAUUUACAGAACCAGGGUCGAGAAGCAACUGGAGAGCGGCGUCAAAACAGUGCCCACCGAGCGACGCCGCGUGCUCCGACCGAAGCCGGAUACGUGGGACAGCGAUUUUGACGGCGAGUGGGAGGACGCGGCUGACGCUUGGACGUACGAGGCCGUCGGCGACGCUGGCACGGGGUCGGUACCAUCUCGAACAGCCGACUCACUCAUUGACGAGGAGGAAGCGGCGCCAGCCAAGACGACACGACGCGGAGCGGCAGCAAAGAAGGCCCCAGCGAAGAAGGCGCCCGCAAAAAAGGCCACCACCACCAGAGGCCGUGGCCGCAAGGCGCCUGUAGAGGAGGAGGAAGAUGUGGUGAUGGAGUCGGACGAAGAGCCAGAGCCAGCGCCGCCGCCGAAGCGAACCACAAGAGCAGCACCGGCGAAGAAGGCGGCCGCGCCCAAGAAGACGGCAGCGACGAGGACGUCGACAAGGGCUCGGCCGGCGACACAGACAACAUUGAACUUUUCACAGAAGUCUGGGGGAACUCAGGCAAAGGGCAUUGAGAUUAGUGACGACGAGGUUUCGGACGAUGAUGCAUUUGAGCCUGCGCCAGUAGCGACAAGGUCAAGACGGCGAUGA